AUGGAAGCCCCCAGAAUGCAGGCCACUACCCCUGAGCCACCGCCACCAUUCACGCUCAUCCCUCAACACACAAAACUCCUGGUCCAUCCCCUUUUCUGGACUUCUAGCCAUCUAAAUCUAGUUCGGUGUCAGUUCAAAGACCUGGGCGUCGCGCCCGCGCCGCCUCCCCCGGACGAGGACGCUCAACCACUGACGCGGGAUGCUAUCAAUCCAUCCGAUAUUAUCAAUAAUGUCAGGUGUACUCCGAGAGACUCCACCCCAGGACAAAUGAUGGCGAUGAAAGCCGUGCUGCAGUCCGGCGGAGGGCCGUUCCAAAAGCACGAGUGCAAAGUCCCUGCUUUUUUCUCCGCCACCGAGCUUUACAUCGACUGCUUCGAGGACUACCGCAGCAUCGUUGGAGAUCGCGAGAAGCAGAUACCUCGUGUACAUCAUCCGAAAUGGGGGCUGAAUCUUGUGGGCGUGCCACUGUGGCACAAGCGACGAGCGCAAAGUCGCAGUCUGACCUCGUCGCAACCCAAGAUGUAUCUGCCGCGUCUUCUCCUGACAGAAUCAUGGGACCAUGAAUUCAAUCAUAUCUGCAAGGCUCGAAUCUCCGGUGAGGUUCUAGACAUGCUCGACAAUUCCAAUAUGACGACGAGUUUGUCCGAGUAA